GCCUCACUCCGCACCGAAACACCGACCUCAGUGGCGAAUCGAGGACGCUGCGAGGGCUUGGCGUUCCUCCGCUGCCCUUGAGAUGCGAGGUCGACGAAGGGCCGCCCACCGGGCGCCGGGUCGACAGUAAGGAGGACUCCUCGGAGGAGGAGCUCCCCGGAGGCCGGCGCGGCGGUGGCAAGUCCUCCCCCGUCUUGGGGUCCGUGCUCGAGGCGGCAGAGGGGAUCCUCACCUCUCCCGGCUCCGAUCUGUCUGAUGGGCAGCAAGAGCUAUGA